UGUCGAGACUCGUUCUCGCGUAUAGAGCUGCUACGAAUUAUGUGGCUGCCGCACCUGUUUGGUAGGUUGAAACCACCGCCGCGGUGCUUGUGCGGUGAAAUACCUUUGCGAUACCGGCCAUCCCAGGUUGUAACAAUGAGCUUUUUGAGCUUCCCUCGGCGUAUUUGCUAUUCGUGUCAUUGUCUAAAUACUCAAGCGAGGAUCGAGGUAACAUUUACGGAAUGAUGUCUAUCCCCAGCGCUCCCAGCUUCCCUAUAGCAAACCGAUUGCUUAUGGUCUGAAGGUAAAUGUAUGGAUGCUGGCGAUGCCUUGAGAUUGCCGGCCUGUUAUCCGCCCCCAGACGUCAAGAUCGUUCAUGCACAUCAUCAGUCCCAACCUUUCUCCUCAGCCACACAGCGGGUGGCACAAAUGCCACCGUGCAAUAUCAUCAUACGCGCUGGACGUUCUAGAACACGACGUGUCCUGCGACAAUCUGUGCCACAAUACCAAACACCUCCAUCACAGACUUUGGCCUCCGUCUGUAGGAUCACAUGUCAAGUUGGUUUCCACUGAAGUCAAAGUGCGACGUAGUAUAGUGAGAUUAGCGGUGGACAAAGCUUGCUGGACCCCUUCCAAAGCGUGUAUUGGAUCUCUCAGGCCCAGCAAGAGCCCCGAUGUGGAUGCUAUUCUGUGUGUCAAGAAGUGUUUCCGGAACGGCCUUGUAGCUCCGCAAGUCAAUGAGGAUCAAUUUCGAGCCUGGUGCUGGGCAUCAAAGCAUGUCUUGCAUGCUCCGAUCAUGGAGGCUGGGAAGCCACAUUGCCUUCCGCUCCAUUUUCGUCGGACCCUAAGGUGUCUGAGGACUAACGCAACGGGUCGGCCGCUGCGGCUUAACAUUCGAACAUCCGCAGGACCACAGCUGUGCAGACGGGGCAAGCCGCAACAGGAGUCGGGAGUCGGAAUGGAGAAUCGACUUGAUCUCAGCGUUUCAAACCCAUUGCAUGGAUAUCUUAUUGCUACUACUGAGGUGUCCUAAUAUUCGCAGACCCUCGGCAGCUCUAGGACCGUAUGGUCCACAGUUGAUGCGAGUUGAACCGAGUUGAGGAUAGAGCUGCGUAGUCGGAUGCAUAUGCCCCUGCGCGCGGCUGCCGCUGUCGUCGUAGGAGAUCGGUCUAUUGGGGGCGAGACUGCAUAGUGCACCCUGCAUAGAACCGAGAGCCCUGAAUGGCUCGGC